AAGUGUACCCAGUCGCUGCGCACCUGCCGAUAGGUAAACCCACCUGGCGACCAGACGUAACACAGGCGCGCGUGUGUGCGCGGUACUUGUCAACAUGUGGGCGCUGCUGAUCGGUCUGCUGCUAGCUACCGCACUGAGUGCCUCUAACGAGGAGGAAUGGUCUCCAGUGCAUAAAUACCACUACACUCACUGGAGGAGGACAUACACAACACCAGUGGAGGUGGGAGUUUAUUACGAAGCACAAUGUCCAGACUCUCAGGACUUCAUUAUCGACCAGUUACUUCCAGCAUAUGAAAAGGCCCCAAAUCUGAUAGAACCUAUUUUUAUCCCAUAUGGGAAGGCACAUACAAUACGAACACCAACAGGGUAUGAAUUUGUUUGCCAACAUGGACCAUCAGAGUGUGAGGGCAAUAAAAUACAUGCUUGUGCUAUUGAUGUUCUGCAGGAAAUAGAUAUUCAGCUCAAGUACAUAGGUUGUUUAAUGAGUGACUAUGAUUAUCCUGAAUUAGUCGGCCAAAAGUGUGCAAAACAGUUGGGCAUCGACUGGAAUCCAAUUUUAUGGUGUUCGAGAGGAACCAGAGGCACUGAGCUCCUGCGAGCAUAUGGAGAAGCAACCAAAGCUCUGGAUCCACCAGUAUCUUUCAUCCCAACUGUCACAUUAAAUGGAAAACAGGGUGACCAAUCAGCCAUCUUAUAUGACCUGUGGGGAGAAAUUUGCAAAAUGUUUGAAUCACCCAAGCCAAGCCAGUGUGUCCCUUGGUACUAUAGGAUAUUUGAAUAAUAUAAUUUACAUCUCAAAGUGGUUUAGAAAUGAUUUGACAGGGUUCACAUAUGUCAGUGCUGUGAAAAAUUAAAAUCUGUGGACCAUAAAUAACAAAUAUAAAUGAUUGGACAAUGUUUGGAGAUUUUAACCUUCCACAAAUUCAUUUUAUAUUUUUGUAUAUAAUGUAACAACCUGAACAACCUUUGUAAAGUGUAAGGUCGGAACACGUGGGAAAGUGUUCUAAUAUUAAAAAGUAAAGUUAUACCUGU